AAUGCGGAAGCAAAUGGUGUGAUUGUCACGCCAACGCGGUUGUAGGCCAUUCCUUUUAUUGCGGCGUUUGUUUUAUUGCCGCUUUUCACCACAUAGGCGUGACGUGGUAUAAAGACACAUCGAAGUUUGUUGGCGCCGACCUAAACACGGCCAGAGUUGUUUAAAUGUGCUUGUUUCGUUCCCUUGUUUGCUAGGCGCAGAGGUUAGCAUCGCCUUGCUCAGAAGAGAGCUUGUGUGGGAAAAAUGGUUAAAGUCCAAAUGCUGAGAAUGUUGAUGGAGCAACGACUGAACGCAGUCGUUGAAGAAAUAUUUGGACUGUUUGAAAGAACCGUAGCAGAGUACGAGGAGGAACUUUCUCGGAGUAAAAAGGAGAAGGAGAGACAACGCGAACUGCUGGAUCAAGCCAGGUUACAAAGUCCAGACAACCAGCAGGAGUCAGUGAAGAGAGAAGCAAAGAUUCCCUCCGAGCAGCAGGAGUGGAGCUCUAACGUGUGGCAGGAUGAGCCACCGCUCCCCCGCAUUAAAGAGGAAGAGGAGGAACCUUGGAAGCAGCUUCAAAUUCUGGAGGAGACCAAUGUCACCAUGUUGACGUCUGCUGCCGUCUUUAUGCGUAGUCAGGACAACGAAGACGAUGAGGGUCAGUCCCUUCAUUUUCAUCACAGUCAAAGUGAGGAGAACAGACGCGCGGAACCUCCAAAUCAUUGCAUGACAAUAGAAGGUGUUGGAGAUGACACGUCAGACUCUUCUGAGACGGAACUCAGUGACGAGGACAAAGAACCUUUCGAUGGUAACAAGGACUCUAAAAGUCAUACGAGACAUCACACUGACAAAAAACAUUUUGACUGCUUGGAAUGUGGGAAAUCAUUUAAGGAAAGGGGAAGUCUGAAUCGACAUGUAAGAACACACACCGGAGAGAAACCCUUUGUUUGCCCAGUUUGCGCCAAAAGAUUCUCUACAUCAGAUCACAUGAAUAGACACAUGAUGAUACACACGGGGCAGAAUCCCUUUUCAUGUUCUGUUUGUGCUAAAAGAUUCAAGAAGAAAUACGAAAUGAUGUUGCACAUGAGAAUGCACACCGAUGAGAAACCUUUCACCUGUUCAGUUUGCAAUAAGGGUUUCUCCAGAAAGCAGUAUUUGACCACACACAUGAGAUCGCAUAUGGAGGAGGAGCAGUUCACCUGCCCGCUUUGCCCUAAAAGAUUCACUUGUAAAAAUUAUGUCAUGAUACACAUGAGAACGCACACUGGAGAGAAACCGUUCAGCUGUGACGUGUGCGAUAAAAGGUUCACAUAUAAGUAUCAGGUCAGCAGACACAAGUGUGCAACAGUAUUGGAAGCUGCAGGGACUUAAUUAGACUCAAACUGGUUGUGCUUAAAUGGGUCAUAUUGUGUUUUUUCUACAUUUAAAACAUGUAAUAGUGGUUCUUUAGCCAAUAUUUUCCAUUGAUAACGUUUUACAGACCACUUUCUGACAGUCUCUUCACUUUGCGCCAUUCUGUGGGCGGUCUUAUUUACGUUCCUCCGCUUUGACUGCAGGCAGCACGGUGGAACAAGGGUUAGUACAUGUGCCUCACAAUACGAAGUUCCUGAGGGAUUUUCUGUGUGGAGUUUGUGUUCUCCCCGUGACUGCGUGGGUUCCCCCAGGGUACUCCGGCUUCCUCCCAACUCCAGAGACAUGCACCUGGGGAUAGAUUGAUUGGCAACACUAAA